AUGGAGUUCCGCGGUCUGGCUCGCGGCCUCCGUGCCCGACCAACCCCAUGGCUGCUCAACACACCUCGCAUCAUGCAGCAACAACCCAUCCUCCUCAGCACCCUCCGCUUCAAUUCCUCCGCCUCUUCACCGCAACCACCAAGCAAUUCCGCUCCUACACAGACAACCACCGAGGCUACAUCCCCAUCCACAGAAUCCACACCAGCGCCUCAAGCCGCAACACCCAAGUCCGCCACCUCCGACUUCGACGCAAUCCUCAACAAGCUUGACCUGGGCGCUCGCCCCGAGCCCACAGACACAGCCAAGAACUACCGCAGCCGUCACAUCGCAGACCAGAUCUCAGGAACAACCUUUGCCUCUGCGGCGCGUGAUCACGCCGCCGUUAGCCUUGCUAGCCGGGCGACAGAGCUGAAGCUGGGACCUUCGCUUGGUCGACAGGUUCAUGUUGAGCCUGAGAAGGGUGUGGAUAUCGCUGCUGCUAUCCGUCUUUUGGAGUCGACUUGUGCUCAGAAUCGGGUUAAGCACAGUGCUAAUGAGCAACGGUUCCAUGUGCGAAAGGGUAUGGUCAGGAAGAACUUGAGACGGUCGAGGUGGCGGAAGCUGUUCAAGUUUUCGUUUAAUGAGACUGUGAAGAAGAUUCAGCGUAUGCAGGCUCAGGGUUGGUAG